AUGAUUCAACAAUUGAACGAUUGUGCUAUUAUCACCGUCGAUUCAAGGAGGGCGCAAAUAAGUGCCGUAGUGCUUACACCGGGUCGGGAAACGAUGCACGCCGUUAGUGAAUACGACACUGGGACAGUGGUCGGUGUAUCGAAAUACCACGAGUUACUCACCAAAUACACCGAUUUGACGCGACCGCCCGUGUUUCAAAAAGAUGGAAUAAAACAUCGAGUGCAGCACCACAUCAAGACUACGCCCGUCCCUCCUGUCCACGCUGAGUUCCGUCGUAUUGCAGCUGAUCGCCUUAAACAAGUUAAGGCUGAGUUCUACAUCAUGCUGCAGCAGGGCAUCAUCCGCCUGUCGAAGAGCCCAUGGUCUACGCCUCUCCACAUCGUUCCCAAGAAAGAAGGCAGCCCGCGACUAUGUGGCGACUACCGAGCUCUCAACGCUCGCGCGAUUCCUGACAGAUACACUCCGCCGCACAUCGAAGACUUCGCCCAGCAUCUACAUAGUAAAAAGGUAUUUUCAAAAAUUGAUCUUGUUCGCGCUUUUAAUCAAAUACCAAUUGUACCCAAAGACAUCGAGAAAGCCGCGAUCGUUACACCUUUCGGUCUUUUUGAGCCAUGCAUUGUGACGUAUGGUUUGCGAAAUGCAGCAGAAACUUGUCAACGUUUCGUCGAUGAAAUGUUGCGUGGACUCGAUUUUGUUUACGCAUUUGUGCCUCACGAGGCUGAUAUCCUACACCCUUUAAACGAACUUGUAGUCGGUUCGAAAAAGGGCAAGGAACCUGUCAAUUGGACCGAAGAAGCUCGCGAAGCUUUUCGUAAUUCAAAAAGAGCUCUCGCGAACGCAACUUUACUUGCGCAUCCCGUUCCUGGUGCACCUAUUAGCAUAGUUGUAGAUGCUUCGGAUUUCGCAAUGGGCGAUGUAUUGCAGCAACGCGUAGAUAAUGCAUGGCAACCUUUAGCUUUCCACACAAAAUCUCUGACGUCAAAUCAACGCAAAUAUAAUAUUAGACAUAUUAAAGGUUCUGAAAAUUGUGUAGUCGAUGCAUUAUCUCGCGUCGAAGCAAUCGCGCUAUCAGUAGAUCACGACUCUCUUGCUUUUGCCCAAAAAGACGAUGCGGAAUUACGCGAGUUACUUUCUUCCGGUCAAUCAGCACUUAAGUUUCGAAAAGUGUACUUUCCAGACCAGAACGUGCAUUUAUACUGUGAUAUAACGAAUGACCUCGUACGGCCUUUUGUCACUGUAUCUUUACGUCGCGCUGUAUUUAAUUCAUUACACAGUCUUUCACAUCCUGGCAUGCGUGCUACUCAGCACCUCGUCACUUCGCGUUUCGUUUGGCCUGCAAUUAAUAAAAAUUGCAAAGAAUGGACGCGCGCCUGUACUUCGUGCCAGAGAUGUGAAGUCACUCGACAUGUUUCCGCUCCUGUUCAUCAAUUCGAGGAAUUAGCCAAUCGGUUCUAA